UAAAAUGUCCUACUACAGUACAACUGACAAACUGAGGGAUCUAAGAUCUGUGCAGUCUGUUCCAUUCUGUCCUACCCGUGACGUCACAAACGACGACAAUAGCUAGAGAAGCAUCCCCUGUGACUUGUGCAUGCCACCAAUAGGGUGGGCUAGAUUUCGGAGAGGGGGGGCUUAAGCACCAUAAGCUUUCCCCCCUCCUCCUGGCUAUGCAAGUGUUCAUGCCUCCCUUUGUUUCUAGAGUAAGCCUGGAGCACCAUUGCAGGUUGAGAUUUGUAGAUUUCAAAAGUCGCUUUGAAUGACAGCACACAGCCCAGCGUAUUGGCUUGCCGCUGUGCAAUGAAGAAACAAAUUGAUUUAACUCUGAUAGGACCAAGCUGGCAGCUCGGUUCUAUGGUACGAUCCGCACGCCGCGUUCAGCGAAACCCCACAGGGUAUCAAGGUGACCACGGGCCUUCUUGGAGACAUCAUACGGGAGCUUUCAAACUCCAUGAAGUUCAACUACACAGUGUCCUUCACGCCGGAAAGAACCCUCGGCAUUCGACACCCCAACGGCUCCUGGACGGGACUGAUUGGCUCCCUUCAACGAGAUGAAGGAGACUUCGCCCUGGGACUCAUGAUCCCAACAAACUCCCGCAACGCGAUUGCCCGCCCCACCACAGAGGUGUACAUCGACGAGAUUACCAUCUUGGCUGGCAGGACGCACUCCAAGAGCAUGAACGUCUUCUCCUACGUGCUCACUUUCGACUGGCAGGCAAGCCAACCUGGUGGCCACAAUGGACGCAAUCUGCAUGUGCACACUUCAGUGCCCACAGCAAAGUCACCUAGCAGCACAGAGCUCUCGGCUAGCCAGAGAGCCAUUCAUUUGUGUCUCAUUGACACGGACUCUCCCACUCCCCCAAAAAGUUUCCAUAGUGUGUGGGUGUGCGUGGUCAUCGCCAUGUUCACCCUUGCCUUCCUUUCCACGGGUUUCGACUACUUCUACGAGCACACCGUCCGGAAUCGAAAGUCGUUUUCAGAGCGCUUCUUCACUCAUCUGUGGGAGUACUUCGAGAACCUCCUUGGCAAAGGCUCGUCGGUCGAGAGCGACUGGCACGCCACCAGGCUGCUCAGCGGCUUCUGGUGGAUAGGCGUCACCGUGCUGGUGUUUGCCUUUGCGGGCCAGAUGAGGGCCUGCCUUAUGGUCAAGUCGCAGGAAGCCAUGAUCCGCAACGUGGACGACCUCGCACGCCGCUCCAACGUCAAGCCGUACACCCUCUCGGGCAGCAUUCUGACCACCAUCUUGCGCAACUCCAAGAAACCGUCUUACACAAAAGUCUUCCAGCGGAUCGUGAAGGGCCGCGGCCAGACGGAGCUCCACCAGAUCUACGGCCCCAAGAUCCUCAAGGAAGUCGUGCAGGGAAAGUCGGUCGUGAUUGCCGACCGCGGAUCUUUCACUUACAAGGUCGCCCGCACGUGCAGAAAUUACACGGACGGUGAGUUCUACAUUGCGGCUGAGCCCAUCCUCAACUUCCGCUUCGUCAUGUACCUCAGCGCCACCAUGGACCCGAGGACCCAGUGGGAGAUCAACCGGAGGCUCGUCUGGCUUCGGGAGAACGGCAUCGUGGGCAAGUGGAUCAAGAACAUGCUGGGAGACUGGGAACACUGCCGCCAGGAGAGCAGCAGGGUCACGCUGUCCUUCGAGGACACCUACGCCAUCUUCGUCAUGUGGGCCCUCCUCAUUGCCGCCUCGCUUGUGGCGUUCGGCUGCGAGAAACUGCACCAUGCCUGCACCGCCGCCAAGGAACGGCCGUCUCAGCGACCGGGACCGAUUCUCGGCUGGGGCGUCACAACAGUCUCACGCAAGCAUCCCAAGGUCGCCAAGCCGUUUCAGGCAUACAACUUCAAGGUGUAGCUUACAGUCG